AUAAUAUAUCAUUUUGGUGUAGUGCACUCUGCACUCAGAUCUCUUGAUUGAGUUUUUAGUUGGAACUGAAAAAAAUAAAAAAAAAUACUAAACUGUUUCUCUUUGGGUUUCGAUUUCAGAUUCAUUGAUUUUCAAUGGAAGCUGUACCAUCAAGUAUUGCGGGCGCAAUGCUCUCCUCUCUGUUUGACUAUAUAUUUGAAAGAUUAUUUGCCUCCUCAGAGUUUCUCAACUUUGUCCGGCAAGAGCAAGUUUUGUCCCAACUCAACAAGUGGCAGAACCUGUUACCACAGUUCAGAUCCAUUCUCGAUGGCGCAGAAGAUAAGCAAACGGUCAGUCCAGCGGUGAAGCUCUGGCUUAGCGAUUUACAAGACAUAGUGUAUGAUGCUGAGGAUAUCACUGAUGAAAUUGCCACCGAGGCCCUGCGCCGAAGAAUACUGGGGGUGACUCAGAUGACGAGCACCGGCAGUAAGGUAUGCCGAUUUGUCCCAAAUUGUGUCACCGGUCUGAAUUUAAGUGUUGUUAAGUUUAGUGCACGGAUGGGUUCUAAAAUGGAAGAUAUCACUGUUAGAUUUGAAGGUAUGGUUGAGCGGAUGAAUGUUUUGAAUUUGUUGGGGAGGAGUGAUGAAGGGAGAUUGGAGAGAAUAAGGGAUGGGCUGCGGUCGACGAGUUCUCUUGUUGAUGAAUCUCAGGUUUAUGGCCGGGAAAUGGAUAAACAUGAGAUUAUUCAACGGUUGAUGAAUGUUGAAAUUGGUGAAAUUGGUGUGGUUUGUGUUGUGGGAAUGGGGGGAGUGGGUAAAACCACGCUUGCUCAGUUUGUAUACAAUGAUGAGAAAGUUGAAAACUUGUUUGAAUUGAGGGUUUGGGUUUGUGUCUCUGAGGACUUUGAUGUUGUUAGGCUGACUGAGAUUCUAUUGCAGUCUGUCACUAAGGGGAGUUGCCAUUCCAAGGGCGACCUAAAUUCACUUCAACUGAGGCUAAGGGAGGAGCUUUCUAGAAAGAAGUUUUUGAUUGUUUUAGAUGAUGUUUGGAAUGAGAACUAUAAAAGGUGGGAUGUUCUACGUAGACCCUUCUUGGCGGGAACAGCUGGUAGCAAGGUACUUGUAACGACUCGAAGUGAAAGGGUUGCAUCUAUCAUGACAACAUGUGAGGUAUACCAUUUGCAGGCAUUGUCUGAUGAUGCUUGCAUGUCACUGUUUGCCACACAUGCUCUUCGAGCUAGUAAUUUUGAUGGACAAGCAAAUCUAAAAGGAAUUGGUGGGGAGAUAGUGAAGAAGUGCAAAGGAUUACCAUUGGCAACCAAGACACUAGGUGGGCUCCUGCGUGGUAAAGUAAAUUAUGAUGAGUGGGAAGAUAUGCUAAGGAGCAAAAUACGGGACAUACCAGAAGAAAGAGGUGGCAUCAUUCCUGAUUUGAAGUUGAGUUACCAUCAUCUUCCUUCCCAUUUGAAGCGAUGCUUUGCCUAUUGUGCAAUUUUUCCAAAAGACUAUGAAUUUGACAAGAAUGAGCUGGUUCUACUAUGGAUGGCCGAGGGUUUGAUACAAGAAGCCAAGGGAGAAAAGCAAGCGUGGGACCUAGGUCUUGCAUAUUUCCAUGAUUUGCUUUCAAGGUCUUUUUUCCAACGGUCAAAUAGCAACGAAACAUUGUUUGUUAUGCAUGACCUUAUAAAUGAUCUAGCUCAAUCUAUUGCUGGAGAAAUAUGCUUUCAUUUUGAGAAUAACUGUGGAGAUAAACUGGCUGGAAGUAUUGAAAAGCUUCGUCAUUUGUCAUUCACUCGCCGCCAAUAUGACAUUUUCAAAAGAUUUGAAGUAUUUGAACCAGCGAAGUCUUUACGAACUUUCAUAGCAUUACCAAUUGAUACAUCAUCUUCAAAAACAGCAUGCUGUUACUUGAGCAAGGAUGUGUUGCAGGAAUUGGUGGCAAAAUUAAGAUACUUAAGAGUGCUAUGUUUGAGUGGCUACGACAUUGGCGAACUACCAUAUUCUAUUGGUCAUUUGGAGCAAUUGAGGUACCUUAAUUUGUCAUACAGCACAAUUAAACAGUUACCAGAAUCUGUAGGUUCCUUACUCAACUUACAAACAUUUUUAUUGCGUGGCUGCAAGGAGCUUACUAAAUUGCCACAAAGUAUUGAAAAUCUGAUUAACCUUCUUGUUCUUGAUCUUACUGAUACUGAGAAAUUAGUGGAGAUGCCACUACGGAUUGGUAAUUUGAAAAACCUUCAAAUUUUGUCCAAAUUCAUUGUGGGAAAGGACAAUCAGUUUGGCAUUAAAGAAUUGAAGGACUUGAUGCAUCUAAAAGGGGAGUUUUGCAUUAUGGGGUUGGAAAAUGUGGUGAAUGUUCGAGAUGCUAGGCUUGCUAAUCUAGUGGAUAAGCAGUGUCUUGAUGCCUUAGAUUUGAAAUGGAGUGAGUUCUUUGAUUACCAAAACGAAGAAGAUGAAAUGCAUGUUCUGGAUAUGCUACAGCCUCAUAAAAAUUUGAAAGAACUUAGAAUUUCGUUUUAUGGUGGUAAAAGAUUUCCACAUUGGUUAGGAGAUCCCUCAUUCACUAAUGUUGUGGAAGUAAAACUCCAUAAUUGUAGUGUAAGCAUGUCACUUCCAUCACUUGGAAAACUGCCAUCAUUGAGGACGGUGUCCAUCCAAGGCAUGAACAGAGUCAAAAAGGUGGGUUUUGAGUUCUAUGGAGAUGAUUUUCUGUCUACUAAGUGGUUUCCAUCCUUAGAAGUUCUCUGCUUUCAGAAUAUGUUAGAAUGGGAAUGCUGGUCUUCUCCUCAAGAGACUAAUGUGGAUUUGGAUGAUGGAUUUCCAUCUCUUUGUGAGCUUGUAAUUCAAAAUUGUCCAAAACUGAUUGGAAACCUACCAAGCUGCUUUCCUUCCCUUGUGAAAUUUAUCAUUAGUCAUUGCCCAAAAUUGGGGCAUUCACUUACAAGCCUGCCCUCCCUUUGUGAACUAAAAAUUGAAGAUUGCAACAAAGUAAGGCUGGAAAAUAUUGUUGACCUUACUUCCCUAACCACAUUGAAGAUUCAGGGCAUAAGGGACCUUUCAUGUCUGCCACAAGAGAUGCUAGAGACUCUAGGUGCACUUCAAAUCCUAGAGAUUUCAAAUUGCACUGAGCUGAUAUAUUUGUGGCAGAGGGGCUUUGAGCUGAAAAACAUUGCUUCUCUCGAGCAUCUGGAAAUUAAAGGCUGCUCCAAAUUUGUGUCUCUAGUAGAAAAUGAGCAAGGUCUUCCUUGUGGUGUGGAAAAUGUGGAAUUGAUGAACAGUGGCAACUUGGAGAAACUAUGUCUCAAAAGCUUGCAAAUUGAAUCAUGCCCAAAAUUUGUAUCCUUUCCUGAGAUAGGUUGCUUGUCCACUCUUAGACGUAUUAAGCUCAAAGAUUGUGCAGCUCUUAUAACCUUGCCUAAUUGGACAGCAAUGCCUAACUACAGGACUACUGACUAUCUUCUUCAAGUCUUGGAGAUUGAAGAAUGUCCUUCCCUCACAUCCUUUCCAACAGGCAUCUUGCCUACCAAGUUGCAAAGGUUGAAAAUCCGAGGUUGUAGAGAUCUGCAGUCUUUACCUGGAGGAAUCAUGCAAAAUGAUGACAGCACAAACGUGUCUCAUCUUGAGAGCUUGGAGAUUGAUGAUUGCCCCUCUCUAACUUGCUUUCCCAAAGGCAGAUUACCAUUUAGUCUUAAAACACUAAAGAUUUCAGAUUGCUCAAAGCUGGAGCCACUUUCAGAGCAGCUGUUACAGAACAAUGCAUCACUCGAAUACAUCCGUAUGCGGAAUUGUGCUACUCUUAAAUAUUUGCCUGAAUGCCUACAUUGCCUCGCACAUCUGACUGAGUUAACUAUAAGUAGCUGUCCAGCUUUAAUCUCCUUCCCAGUGAUAGGCCUCCCCCCUAACUUGAAUACGCUAGAAAUCGACAACUGUGUCAAUCUUAAGUCUCUGCCAGAGAGGAUGAAAAAUCUUGCUUCUCUUCAAUAUUUAACAGUUUGUGACUGUCCACGUCUUAUGAUCUUUCCUAUAGGUGAUUUGCCUCCACAAUUAUUGUUACUUAAGAUCUGGGAUUGUAUAAAUCUGAAGGAGCCAAUGUCAGAAUGGAACUUGGAAUCUCUAACCUCUCUUAAAGAGCUCAACAUUGCUGGUGCCCCUAAUAUAACUUCUUUCCCGGAUGAAAAUUGUUUGCUUCCUACGAGCCUCAGCUUGAUUUUCAUUGCAAGACUCAACAAUCUGGAAUCUCUAUCCUCAGCACUGCAAAACCUGACCUCACUCGAAGAACUAGAAGUUGUUGACUGUCCAAAGUUGAGACACUUGCCAAGGGAAGGCCUGCCUGCAACACUUGGAAGACUUUGUAUCAGAAACUGCAAACAUUUAAAACAAAAAUGCUUGAAGAAGACAGGAGAUUACUCGACGAGGGUAGCCCACAUUCCCAACGUGGAGAUAGAAUGGUAAUCUCCCCAUGUUCUCAGUUAUGUUUAGAUCAAGUUUUGUUACACUACUUUCUUUCGUAGACUUUUGCCAUACAACUGCAUGAUUCUUCUCGUAAUAACCUUUUCACUGCAAUUUCAGAUUAAAUUCAACAAGGGACAGCAGAUGUUCAAUAAACUUUUUGCAAGAUGUUUUUGGGAUUUCACAUUUUCAGCAUACGGAUGGAAGGAAUAUCAGUGAUGCCCAAAUACAUUUGUUCAAGAUAGAGCUACAGCCUACAAGAUUGGAAGAAUAUAUACAGAGAAUGAUAAUCCACGAUCAUUACCUCUAAUGGUCAUGUCAUGGGGACCUUCUUUCUCAUAAUUUUAUGCUUACAUUAAUCAAAGUCAACCUCAAAAGAACUUGGAAUAAAGAAGUCUACUGUUUGAUACAUCCUGAAUUCUGUUCUUGGUUAUGAGCUCUGUAAACUCUAUUUAUUUCGUUUCCAGGCAAAUAGAUUUGAAUUUCUUGU